GAACCCCCCUACUGGCGGCCCUGCGCGCGUCUUCGAACGCCACGACCGGCUCUUCCUCCUCCGGGCCUGCCUUACACUUGUCACCAUGAACAACUCCACGAGCCCGGACAACAGCGGCGGCUCCGACGGUGGCGGCGGCAGCUCCGACGCGCUCAACUGGGUUGCCCUCGUCGUGUCGUUGGUGGCCUUGGUGGGCACCCUCGCCCAGGUGCUCCAGCAGUACAUCGCCUCGGCCGCCGGGUACUCGAACUGUGGCGAGAGCGUUAUGGGCAAGUGGCACGAGAGCAAGAAACGAAUAUUCCGACCGACCGAGCUGCGCUUCGAGGUCCAGUUCGAGACGCCUGUCAUUUUCGUGUGCCCUGCCACCAACAAGAACGGUCCCGUCCGCAACCAGCCGAUACACUUUAUCGACGGCACCAGCGAGAGUUUGAGGAAGACACGCGCGCUGCUGCCCAAGGAGGAGGAGGCGCAGCGGCAGACGCUGCAGGAGGGCCGGGUCCACACGGCCGACAACGAGAGGGCUUCAUGGGUGACACUGCUGUCGCAGCUGCAGUCCAUGGAGAAGGAGAGCCAGGAGUGGCAACAACAGCACUACAAGAACAAUCCGCCGCAACCCUUUCCGCCGGCCGACUUUCGGAGUCACACGCUGGCCGUCGCCCUCCAAGCCAAGAAGCGAAGCUGGGACACCAUGCCGGCCGACGUCAGGAAGCCCUACGCCACCACCACCAUAUGCCAUCUGCUCGAGAUCGCUGCCAUGAUGGGGAUAUACUGGAAGGAGUUCGACAGGUCUGGCGACAGAUACCGGGCCGAGGGCAACGGCUACAUGCUCACGGGCACCAACGUUCCCGAGCUCGGCCUGCUGUUCAGCUUCCAGAUCUGCGGCAAAAGCAAGUUCCGGGAGAACAGGGUGAUUCCCGUCGACGAGGUCAAGGAACUGUGCUGCGGCUUCGUCUCGACCCUGUUCCAGGACGACUCCAGGGACAGACGCAGGAUCGAGUUCCCCAACGAGGACCCCAAGGACCUUAGCUUCCUGCAGCUCGGCAGUCUGCGCGAGAUCGCCGAGACGAUGGUCCUUAUCGAGUGCAAUACCGACACGGCUAACUACUUUCGGUCUGACGACACCAAGCACGGCCAUCUGUUUCCUGUUCCCUUCGAGCUGCUUGGCAUGCUCGGCAAGACGCUGCACAUCCGCAACAGUGCCUUCCGCAUGCUGCCGAACCCGACGCCGUACCAUUGGGACAAGAACUUCUUCAACCUCCGCAGGCUGGUGAAGGAGUACUGGAAGAAGAUCCACGAUUCGGAAGCCGACCUUCCCCCAACCGAUCAGGUCCUCCAGCUUGAGAACGACGCGAAGGACUUGCUCGCCGCGCUGGACGCUGACAAGAGAUCCAAGACGCCCGGUAAUUCCCUGCCGCUGCUCAACAAACUGCAUGACAUCCUCGAUGGUUGCGACGCGUUCCUCAAGGCCGCCGACCGGGACCUGGUGCGGAUGGUGGUCCGGGAGCACUUCCAGGAGGUGCUCAAGCUGAUCAACGACAAGAGCGGUCCCGGGGUGGAUGCCGACAGCAGGAGCACGCAGAGCGGCGGCUACCAACAACGGAGGGCCGAGCAUUUCGACGAGCUCACCGCUGCCAGCCCGGAAGAGCGUCAGGAAGCCUUCAUGGAUCUGUACUUCUUCAAGGUCCUCAGGAAAGUCCGGGAACGCGCGGUGAUGUCGUACCGGCGGCGGCAGACCACGCGGUACGCCCCAUCGGUGCGCUCCCGCGCCGUGUCUGUCGACAGCGUCCGCGAGGCCACGGACGAGACCAUGUCGACCCCGGCGUCGGCCACGCCGUCCCGCCCCAUCUCACCGGGCCCGAGCCCGACGUAUCUGGGGACGCAGGACGGCGCCCAGUCGACGGUCCCGCUGCUGCACGUGCAGCCGCCCGACCGCGCGACCCAGCCGUUGGCCGGCAUGGACAGGACCGUGAGCCUGGAGUCGCAGGCAUCGGCUAUAUGGUGCACCCUCGUGCUGCGGAUGCUGUGCUGGUUGCUGUUGCACGACUUCAACAAGAAGGACGUGCAGAUCCCCAAGAGCGAGCUGCUGGGGAGUCGGCAGCCUGUCUACAUCGCCUAGUGGGCGUGUCACGGCAGCUUUUCUCUGCAUGACAGUUCAGGGAUAAUUACUGGGUGAAGGACGGGCGCCUACGACAUGGGCGAUGUUGAAAGGCGGUGCUGGGGUAAUGCAUGAUGU